GGAGUGUGCUAGUCCCUUGUUGGAUCCCUUAUUUAUACAUCAUCCCGCAUGUCGUGAUCGGCUUCUCUGUAGUCUUGCCGCAGCGUCCACUUGACCUGCUAUCUACCCCGUCACUAGCUCGAGUCAUCGGGCGUGCGUCACUGACCCUCGUCCAUUCCUCUGCCGGCUGCUUUGUUACUUCACUGCCUUUCCUCUCCACCUAAUUUAAUCAAUCAGCCUCCAGCCUCUGUCGCGUUUCCCUCUUUUCGCUCGAGGACCAUGGCUCGUUAAAUCAUCCCUCUCGUGGCCGGGGAACUCCUGAGUAGUACGGAUCCGCAGUUCGUUUCGUCGAUGUGGAGAAGUCCGCUUGUCUAGAGCACGCUACAAUUUGAUUUCGCAGCUCUCAUUGCUGUUUCGUGGACACCAGAUGAUGCCGACGACCGUUGCUGUUAGUUAGCAUGGGUUCCGUAACCAAUCUGUCUCCUGCUUCCGUCCGUCCUGAUAAGAAAGAACAGCUCUGUGUUAACCUUGGCGCUAUAUCUGCUCGAACAGGGACCGUCCUGGGCUGCUUGAUCCCAUUAGUUUCCCUUUCGCAGCGUCGCUAUGCAUCAACAUCCUCGAUCGCCGGCGCGCACACCAUCCUUCCCGACCAGACCCGGCUCGGUUCGCGCAGAUGACCAGAGAGGACAGGACUUCGGGUCCAACUCACAUUCCUCCGACACCAGAGCAAAUAGCUUAAGGAAUCCUGGGGUUGAAGCGGGGACUGAGUCCGUCGACUAUGCCCAGAGAAAUACGGUGCCUGCGAAAGAAGCUGUGGCCAAACUAAACCAGAUAAUAUCUAAUUACCAUACAAAAGCCGCUCUACUGAUCCUUCUUUCGCGUGUUGAUCUUCCUCCUUCGUUCGCCAAAGGCUCUGAAACCCCAAGGAUUAAUCGAUGGUUCAACGUCGAAGUGGAGGACACUGACGUUCUCCGAGAACAACUUCGGACAUGGCGAACGUGCGGCGCUACCGAGAAUCGGCCGCCGCCUUUGGUCAUCGAGACAUUUUUGGAUAGUACGGCUCUUACGCAUAAUCAGAGCCUUGUGAUACUUGAUGGGAAUGGGAAACGGUGGGAUGUGGAAGAAUCUCUCAAUAGAGCCCGGGCCAACCCAGAUGAGAUCAUCCUCGAACGGUGGAGGAUCGAGCUAGGUGAACCAUCUAAUAGAUUACCUGCGGAUCUGGGGUCUAUAUUGCCCACGGUAUACAAAAAAAGCAUUGUCCUCUUCCGGUCGCUAUUCACAUAUUCUAAGUUUCUGCCUGCUUGGAAGUUUACGAAGCGCCAUGGGAAACUCCGAGCCGCGCCAGCCUUGAAGAUCAGAUACCGGAUUUUGGAUGGCUACACCCUCGACCGGCGAACCUCAGAGCCUGAUAAUCUGGCGGUACCUCUGUACGAAUGCAAUGGCAAGGUGGUGGACACGUACAGUUUUGGCGUUACAGAAUCUCCUGCAGGGCCGUUCUCCGUUGACGUGACCUAUCGAACCAACUGUGACUUCCGGGUCGAUGACUCUGAAGCUUUAUUGAGUUCGCGGUUCAUGGGUGCCGAUGAUGAAGUCUUCCGUCCUUCAAUUCCAUCCGGAGACCUGACAGGAUCUCCCAACCCCGAGAUUGGUUCGUUACCCUCGGGGAAGCGAAUGGUCGAAUAUCCAGAUCGCACCCGUGCAUAUGGAAGCUUGUCCACCUUCCACCAAGUUGGGCCGACAAUGGCCGCAAGCCCUAUAUCAGCGCUCCGAGCUGCCAGAGAUUCAAGUGCCACAUCUAUAUCCCCUUCUUCAGCAUCCCCUUCUCGCAGGCUGCCGCCCGCACCCAGGGUUGGCCCUAUUGGGAGACCUGCUUCGCUUGUAGGCGAUGGUGGUUCUGCUGUAGCGAGACGUCCAUCUACAUCCUUCCAGCCAUUUAAAGCACCGCCCCUGUCCGCAUCCCCGUCUCUAGUCGAUUCUCCCUUCGCUCCACCACCACGUACGAUCUCGGGUCGUCCCCUAAUGGGAACUUCCUAUGACCCUAAGAGCAUGCACCCUCCUGCCAUGACAUCCUCUUCACGCAGAACCCAGGAGCAUGAAAUAGCAUCAUCUAACUCGGCAUCUCCGAAACCCGCACCAAUUUCGAAGUACAGUAGUUCCUUCAGUCAUCGACGUGGUCGGCCGUCCUCUGGAAGCGCGAAUCGGGUUGAAGAUGAUAAUUCCAGUGGUAGGGCUAGUGCAACAUCCAGUGCUCAGCCUGGCUCUGGUCUGCUUGCGGAUGCAACUGGGACGAGUGCUGAUUCCAUCCAUGCGGAUGAUGAGAACAUUUCCGAUUUUCUCAAAUUGCUGGAUCAAAGGAAGGAUCUGCUGAAUCCUACAGAUUUGGAAGCAUCUACGCGCAGAACCAGUGCUGCCUUGAACCGUUUUCAACGUAUGAGAGAAUCGAAUGCCGCUCUCUCGGACUCGAUGUCCUCCUCCUUACUGUUGCAGCGAUCCUCUAAUUCGUCCAGUAAGCAAUUGUCUGGAGUUCCGCCCAUGGUCGCAGGUACAUCAUUUUCAACAUCUUCUUCACCUGGAAAAGCCAUGUCACCUCAUACUCCCCAUACACCUCAUACCCCUGCCAUUCCAUCUCGUCUGAGUUCCAAUAGCAUUAUCGAGUACAGCGAAGGCAGAGAACGAAACCGACGUCGACUUUCCCAGGAGGAACAUGAGCCGCCCUUGGAAGAAAAUACAACUGAUAACACGACUAUGGAACGGAUUCCAUCGGCCGCAAUUGCCAUAGACAUACCAAAUUCGCCACGGCCUAUUCCCUACCGUCGAUCUAGCUCUGCUGCUCAGCAUCGCCGUAUCGCCGCGGCGGACGAUGAUGAGAUUUUCCCUUUUGGCAUGCGUAGCGUGAGUCUUGGGGCUGAGGAGCGGUCUCACUUGAGCCUCAGUGCCCUCCUUCGGCGGCAAGAGUAUGAGAGGGCUAGCGCGAACGCGGAUAACCAGCGCGGGGAGGGGCGUCCUUCGUCCCUCAAUGAUGACUUGGCUGUGCCGUCAAGCUCUCUCUCCGGCCCAGAUCGUGAAACUGUCGCACGCAGGGGCACAAUAGCCGCUGCGCCCUCAGCGACUUUGUCAUCAAACCACCAUUUGUAUCAACCACGCUUUGCCCAUUCCCGUGGACGAGGAUCUUCAGGAGGUCCUCAUUCUCUUAGCUCCGCUUCGAGCAGCCUGGCCCGAGGGGCUGCUAUUCCUCCUCACAUGACAGAACGUGACCCUGAUCGUGAUGGUGUCGGAAGUGGUAGUAACAGUGCCACUUCAGCUACGGAAACUCGUCGAGGCUCUGGACAGCGGUCGAGCUCUGGUCGUGCGUUACCUUCUCAGGCGACUCCAUUUGAGGAGGAAGAACCGUUAUUAUUCGCCAUGAGUGAUUUCGGUGUAUCGAGGAGAAGUUUAGAAGAAGGGCGAUAUGGACAUGGUGAGUCGAAUCCGAGCGCUGGUGGAUCAAGACGUGGUAGCGGAAGACGAAAUGCUGGUCUACCCAGCUAUCACUUAUGGUCCUGAGGCUCUCCUUAGUUUGGAGGGAGUUUAGAUCAAGAGCCUGGGUUUAGGACGCCGUCGCUUGACUGAGACCCCUAUCUAUCGUUACUGGGGCCUUUGUUGAAAAUUGGAAGAACCCUUACUCGGUUUAUAGGAUGCAAUCCUACAUUAGGCAUGGUCAAGAUGUCGUCACUACAAGAGUAUCCAGCAGCUCUUCUACAUCUUUUAUGCCAUUCAUUCCUCACCCUUGGAUCUCUACUAAAAUGGCACGAAUACUGCUGGCUCGCUGCUGUUUCUAUUCACAAUACCUUGAGGGAGCAUUAUUCUUUUAUGUCAAGAUGCCACUCACUACAUGUACUGUGUGUGUGUAUUCCCUCGGGAUUCCCUUGGUUUUUAUUUUCUUUAUUUUUUUAUAUUAUUAUUUUUCCACCUCUUUUCCAUUCGACUUGAUGUUCUUGGAUUACUCCAUAACGUCUCUCCAGAGGAGGUUAUCUUUAUAGACCAAUGUCCGAACGAUACACAAGAUGCAACCAGUUAUUCGGAGCAUAGAGGAUGACAGCUGGGGGUCUUUUUUCUUUUUCUGAUCUAGUUGAUAGUGGAUGAGAGGUCAUUGUCUACGGAGUUACUGUUUCUGCUUGAUAUUGAAUAGCCCGGGGGGGUGUCUUUGUUUUUGGCCUUGAUAUGUUGACCGAAUCGAUGCAACUGUGCAAGUUCAUGCCCAUGCUUUUACUUCCCCUUCUCGCGGUAUACUCAUAUCUAAAGCGAGUUGGUCGUUUGACCUUUUGGUUUUUUUUUUUUGUCCUUGCUUUCUUUGCGCCAUUUCCCGCUGCUACAUGUUUCACUUUGGGUAGGUUGGGAUAGCCCGGCGUUCUUUUGUUCUUUUAAUGGCCUUAUUUAAAAAGAAUACUAUGCAGGACUUGCAAGUGAUUUGUUAUU